GAUCUCGGGGUGUCAAAGGGAUCAGUGUGAAGAAGAGGCGAGAACGACCCCCGGAUUGUCCAGCGCCUGCGCCCCGCGGCCGUCGCCACCAUGUCCAAGAGAAAGGCUGAAGGGGAUGUUAAGGUACAUAAAUUCAAGGUGAAGGAUGAACCUCAGAGAUCAGCUAGGUUAUCUGCUAAACCCACUCCUCCAAAACCAGAGUGUAAGCCGAAAAAGGCCCCUGCGAAGAAGGGAGAGAAGGUACCUAAAGGGAAAAGGGGGAAAGCUCAUGCUGUCGAGGACGGGAUCAGCCCUGCGGAAAAUAGAGACGGCAAAACAGACCAGGCACAGAUGGCUGAAGGUGCUGGAGAUGCCAAGUGAAGUGUGUGCAUUUUUGAUAACUGUGUACUUCUGGUGACUGUACAGUUUGAAAUACUAUUUUUUAUCGAGUUUUAUAAAAACGUGGAAUUUUGUUUUACUUUUU